GCAAGGGAAGAAGCUAAAUUGUCAAAUUAUAAAUGUAAAAAAAUGAGGAGUAGAUAUUUUAUCCAUCAUAUUAUACGUAGCAAAAGUCAAAAGUAGAUAUAUUUUUAGUUUUAUAUUGUAUUUUAGAAAAAAAAAAUUAAAAGAGGAGAAGAAUAUAUUGUGUAGUAACUAACAAAAAUAAUAAAAAAUUUAAACUCAAAAAAAUUGUGAUGUUUAUUAUAUAGAUUGAUCCCAUAUAUUUACAAUUAUAAAUUUUUAUUUAAUCGUGUAUUUUUAUUAAAUUUUUUAUUUUUAAUUGAAAAAAAAAAUUAAAAAGAAAAAGGUGAAAGUAUAUAAUUACAUGUUUUCAUAUACACAUACCCACUUAUAUACAAUACAAGUAGUACAGUACAGAUAUUUUUAAUUUUAAUUCGAUAUUAAAUAAGUUACCUACCAAAUUAUUAUUAAAUUAUAAUUAAAAUAUAUAAAAAAAAUAUUUAGAAAAGUUUAUAAUAUAAAAGUACAUAAAAAUAAAUAAUAAUAUUAAUAAAAAAUAAUGAUAUGAACAUAUACGAACACACCCAAUAUCAACACAAAUAAAAUUCUCAAUUUUGACAACCCAGUGCCUGCUUAUAAUAAUAUAUGGGUGAUGUAAUUUUAUGGAGAGUGUUAAUUAUAUAUUUAGUAGAUACAAACAACAAAUAAAUAAAUAAAUAAAUUCUACUAUAAUUGUAUUUAAAAAACUAUAAGUAUAUUGUAAUCUAAAUUACUGGUGAACGAAUGAAGAACAGUAGUAGUAGAACUAAAGAAAAAAAGAAUAACGAAUAUCGAAAAAAAAAGAUAAGCAAAAGCAAAAAAGAAAAUAACACAUAAAUGUGUACAAGUAUAAAGAAUAAACUUUCAUUGAUAAUAGAAAAAAAAAAUUAUAUUGUUCUGAAUUAAAUUAAAUACAAUACACCUAAAAUUGGAAAGAAAGUUUCGCUUUAAUUUAUUAUAUACAUAGAGAGGAAGUUCAUAUAUCGUGCUGAUUUGUCAUCUCUAUAUAAAUUGUGUACAUGCGAUUUCUACCUAUAUAUCUACUUACAAACAAAACAAAACAAUAUUGUUUACCACUUGAAAAGCAACACUAUAACAGUGAGUGUGUAUAAAAGAACAUAUAAAAUAAUAAUAUUUUAUUAUUAUAUAUACUUGACUAUAUAGAAAGGCUCUCUACCCUACUUUGGAAACAACAAAAAAAAAAAUUGGAAUAAACAUACCAUAUACAUAUGUAUAACAGAAAAAUAUAAUUAUAACGAUAAUAUUAUAAAAACAUUGCAUUUAAUAAUAUAUAAUAAAAAAAAAAAAACAAAACAAAAAUAAAAGAAAAUUAUUUAUACUUUAUAUUUAAAUUUCAAUUAAAAUUUAUUUUUAAAAAUUUGAAAGAAAUUAUACUAAAACUUCAAAAAAAAAAAAAAGAAUCCUUAUAAUCAUAGAAAAAAAAAAUUUUAUUAUAAAUUUAUAAAUGUUAUUUUUUAAAAACAUUCUGUGACAAAUUUAUACAUUUCUAACUUCGACAAAUCUACACCCAACGAAAACAAAGUACAUACACACACAUCUCUUAUUAAAUUAAACAAGUUAUUUUUUGAAAAAAAAAAAGCAACAAUAUAUUUAUAAAAUAAUAAUAUCGAAACGUAAAAUUUAAAAUAUAUAAAUUAAGUAUUAAAUUUAAUAUAAAAAAAAAUUUAAAAAAAUAAAAAAAAAUAUGGAAGCCGUACAACAGCAACAACAACAACAACAACAACAUCAUCAUCAUCAUGUUUUAAAUACUCAAACAAGUACCGAAUCUGGUUGGGAUAAUCCAUUUCGACCAGAAGGUGAUCUAUCAAGAGAAGCUGAUGAAAUUGUUAAUCUUAUUAGAGAUGGUAAACCAAUUACACCAACUGGUGAUUAUAAUCAUACUAUUAUAAAUGGUACUGUUGAAAAAAAAGAAAUUACUCAAAUUUCAUCAUCUGCUAAACCCGGUUCUAAAGAUAUUCAAAUAAAAGAGCAACAUAUAACAACACAACAGCAACAAUCUGCACAAAAUGGUAAAAAAUCUACAACAACUACAACAACAAUAACAACUUCAACAAAAACAACUAAUAAUGAUAAAACUAAUAAUGAUAAAACAUCAGCUACAACAACAAAAGUAUCAAAUACUACGGUACCAGGACCGGCAUCAGCAAGUUAUGUUGUUAUUGAAGAGAAAAAGAAUAAAAAAUGUAAUUGUUGUACAAUUCAAUAGAUUAAUAUACAAAUAUAUAUUUAUAUAAUAUAUAUAUAUAUAUAUAUAUAUAUAUAUAUAUAUAUAUAUAUUAAUGAAAAUAUACAUAAAAAAGUAAGUAAUUUAUUAUUAAUUUUGUAUUUAUACAUAUUAAAAUAAUUAUUAAUAAUAUAAAUUAUAUUUAAUAUUACAUAAAUAAUCAUACUUAUAAUGAUAAUAUUACUAUAGAUAUAUUAAAAACUUAUAUGUACUUAUAAAAUAUAUGAGUG